UUGAUUAAGCAUUAAACAUAUGAUUUAAAUGAUGAGUUUUAAAAUCUUUAACAAUGAAGUGAUUAUCAAAUCUUUUGAUUGUCCCUGAAUUAUAUUCUUCGUUUCCCAGCUGAAUAAUAAUAUUAAUCCGUGUUCUUCUUGCAUUUAAUUGUGUUCAACUUUUUGAUACAUCUGCACAAUGUCUUGCUGUACAAAAUACCGAUCUUUUAUGCUAUUUCUAAUCUUGUUUACGAACUUAAAUUGUUUUUGCAAUGGUAAAAAGGAUAUUCGAGAUUACAACGAUGCUGACAUGGAAAGGCUAUUUGAUGAAUGGGAAGAAAAGGAUGACCCUCUGGAACCUGAUGAGCUACCAGAAUGGAAAAGAGAACCUCCGAAAGUGGAUUUCUCUGGAUUUAAUUUCAAUAAUCCUGAAGAUGUUUUAAAAGCUUCAAAGAAAGGAAAAACAUUAAUGACUUUCGUUACAGUUUACGGAAAAUCAACUAGACAAGAAACGGAAGAAAUAACUGCUCUGUGGCAAACAAGUUUAAUGAAUAAUCAUAUAAUUGCUGAAAGAUUCAUCAUUGAUGACAAUCGAGCUAUAUUUAUGUUUAAAGAUGGUUCACAAGCCUGGGAGGCUAAAGAUUUUUUGGUUGAGCAGAAAUAUUGUGACCAAGUGAUGAUAGAAAACAAACCUUAUUAUGGUAGAUAUAGUCCUAAUAAAAAGGAUGAAUUGUGAUUGAAUUUGUUAAAUUAUUAAAUAUUUUGGUUAUUUUUUCAACCUCUUUUCAUAUUAUACCGAUAAUUGUUCAAAACACUUGUUCCAAGAAACAAUAAAUUAACCUUAUUAAACAUCUA